UCAUAAAAUAAACAGGAAGGCUUCCCUUCCCAGAUGGAACUAGGUUUCGACCCAUUGGAAAAAGCGCAGUAAAAUUGGAGUGCACGGUUGAGACUUAGUGCUUUUCUUCAUCGCUGGGAAUUGGGAAAAAUUGGGGGAUUUUCUAUAAAAAAAAAAGCCCCCUCACUCCAAUUUUUGGCUGGCUGGUUGGGGGUGAUGGGGUGUGGGCUUUUUCUUCUAUCCAUUUCCCUUAAUUAAGGCAAAAAGUACUUCAUGUUCCAGAGGCCAAUUCGGCCCCACCCCGGCGGUGCUGGACCUGCUGGUGGGAAUGGGAUAGUGAGUCAUCAGGAAGAUAUGCAAGUCCAAAGGCAAAAUCAGAAUCACACUACUAAUACUCAAAAAAUUGGAGCAGCAGAGCCAUGCCUUGUCUUGACUUCCGAUCCCAAACCUCGCCUCCGUUGGACUUCCGAUCUGCACGAACGAUUCGUUGACGCCGUCACUCAGCUCGGUGGUGCCAAUAAAGCUACACCAAAGGCCAUCAUGCGGACAAUGAAUGUAAAGGGACUUACACUCUUCCAUUUAAAAAGUCACCUCCAGAAAUACAGACUGGGUAAGCAAUCAGGGAAGGAUAUUGGUGAAGCAUCCAAAGAUGUGACUUCUUCCCCAUUUCCUGAAGGGUUGUCUGGCUCGUGCCUUUUAGAAAUCACUGGAGGCAGUAAUUCUUCACCAACUGUUACUACUUCUGAUAUGAAUGAGGGUUAUGAAGUCAAGGAGGCAUUAAGAGUGCAAAUGGAAGUCCAAAGUAAAUUAUAUCUACAAGUUGAGGCACAGAAGCAUUUGCAAAUUCGCCAGGAUGCAGAACAAAGAUAUUUAGCCAUGCUUGAGAGGGCUUGUAAGAUGCUUGCUGAUCAAUUUAUUGGAGGUACAGUUAUUGACACCGAUGGGCAGAAGGGUUCAGGGAAUAAGACACCAAGAAAUGCCUCCCAUGAUCCGCUUGGCCUUUACUCCUUGCAAAGUGAAGCAGUGGCUGAAGUGCGUGCCCCAGAAGAAGCACCCUCUAGUCUGCUUCAGCAGGGGGCUGAUUGCUCCACUGAGAGCUGCCUCACUUCAAAUGAGAGUCAUGGAAGACUUACUUUGGAAGGAUCUCCAGCUGGAAGUAACAAACAGAUGCUGAGCCUGGAUUCCACGACAGCAUCUCUGAUUUGGAAUGAAGUGAAGGUAAGAACCUCGGGGGUUAACAUGAGCCCAGUUGAUCCCCAUGGGAUCAAUGGGUAUGGUGUAUGGAGCUGAAAACUCGUCCAUGGUCUUCAGCUCAUUCACUGAGUUACAAUUCCAAUUGUGAAAAAUGCUAAUGUGUUUUUGUCAACAGUAUUGACAGCAGUAGCGGCAAUCUCGAAAUUGUAGAUUUAAAUUUCUAGAUAUUGACAUGUUAGACACUGCUGAUGAUUAUUCUGCAUCGUUUAAUUGUUCUAUUUAGAGUUGUUUCAUUA